CAUCUCUGUCUGCCAUUGUUGAAUCUUAUCAUUAUUGGAUGCUGUAGAAGAAUUAGCAGAUAUGGCUUUCGGUCCUGUCCUGAGCUUAUCUCUGUGAGGGCAGGAUCUUAUUUCCUGUUAUGAGCAGUGCUGGGAGAGGCCGAGAUGAUGGCGGGUAAUGAACUUCAGUCAUUUGUCCACAGAGAUGAUCCAGAUGCUUGCAUCUGACUGCUAUUCUCCUUUAAACCAAUUAUAUCUGUUCCUGUGUUGGGUUUUCUCUUUCUUGACAAUCUUUAAAGUGAUGGCUGUGUCUUUUUCCAACAGUCUUCUAACUUUUUCUGCUCUGAUAUUGACAUUUUCCUCCUCCUGCUCUUAUAUUAUCUGCCCUUAGAUUCCUAGUUCUUACUGUCCUUAACAUCCAGAUUUGCAUUCAGUAAAAUUAUCCUUCAAAAUAUAGUAACAAGUCAAAUAAUGCUUUUUUUUGCUUUAUUUAUACUUUCCUCAUAUCGGUCACUAUUGCAGCCCAUAACUGCAUGUCAAGUCUUUUUUGAUUUGUGGAAACCUAACUAAGGGAACAGACUUACACAGGGGUGGCAGGAUACAUGAGUGUGUAUGUAAAUAUAAAUGAAUAUCAUUAAUUCAUCUCUUUUGACUUCACUUAUAUUGUUCAAUUUUAAAUUGAUUUCUUCCAACUCUGUGGAGAAUUGUUCACUUAAAAGUUCGGGCCCAGUCAUGUGUGGCACCAUUUAAGUCAUCCAUGCUUAAAUCUUUGAGGACUCAAAAAGGAGUCAUUAUAUCCAAUGACUUACUAUGAAAAGGAAAUUUACUACUUUGUGAAGUAAAGACAGCUUAUGUUUAUUGUGUCUUAAAAACAAUGACUCCCUCACAAUAAAACUUGAACUUUUAACUUAACAUCCAGAUUUGCAUUCAGUAAAAAUAUCCUUCAAAAUAUAGUAUUAAGUCAAAUAUGUAACACUGAGGAGUGGACUGAUAGAGAGUUUAAGAAGUGUCCACACCCUCUAGUUCAAAACCUGUGGAAAUCUUGUAACCAGAAACAUAAUAAAAACGUACAAGUAAGUUAGUAUGAGCAAAACACAGCAUCCAAAGCAAAACAAAUAUGCUGAGGAGAACAUACAGAAGUCAAAUGAACAAGAAUAAAGAACAUAUUCUCUGAUAGUGUAGUGGAGUGCACACAUACAGUAAAUCCAUAUGUAGCUCCAUGUUUUAUUGAUUCUCAUAUAGGAGCAAACGUAGACUGAUACCAUAAGACUGAGCUGUCAAGAAUCACUGCAGGUUUUCCUGUGUCAUUAUCAUAAAGCUAUGAUGAGGCAAAAAACUUUGAAACCAUUUAAUAUCGUAUGAAAUGCAGCCAAACUGUUUAUAUCAACUCAUGGUAACAUAUGUAUGACACAUUGAAAUACAUCCUUUGACUGUAGCUCGUUCACGCUGUUAAAACGUUUGCUCUUUCUCAAUGUUUAAAUAAAGUUUCGUCAUCAAUCUGUCCAUCACGCGCUCCCUCGUGUUAUUGGUGAGACAGGCUGACGCGCGGGCUGUACCUGUGAAGGAUGCGUGCGUCUUGCCGGCCGGGCACGCCGCCUCUGGGGACGUAUGAUGGGGAUGCGGAUGCCAUGGCAACAGGCCGAUUGGCUCCAGACCUUUGUAUGCACAUUUAUUUAUUUAAUAUUUUAUCUACAUGCGCUGCGCGCCUCUGUGGACGAACCGGCUCGACCUCUGCGUGUCGAGUCUGAGCGAGGAGUUCAACCUCAGUGUCUGAGCCGAGUGUGAAUGACAAACCACCUGAAACGCUCAACAAGUUGUUUUAUCCUCCGAGGAGACAAUUGGAUUCUGUGGAGCGCACGGUUUCACCUCGGAGCAGCUCGUUCAGAUGAAAAAUCGAGUCUCCGCUUCUGUCCUCGGCGGCACAAUGAGGAAAGGACACCGCUGUAUUCGGACCCAAUGUCAUUGAAAGUCGGCAGAAGUGAGAAUAAACGGCAGCUGCUGCAGAUGGUGUCAAUGUGCAGACUUUAAACAUCUGGACAAGUUCAUUCUUGCUUCGUUUUGACUGUGAAGCUCGUGCUGUAAAGCCGCUUUGCCUCUUCUCUGACUGUCUGAGCGCUUCAGUCACAGGCAGGCGCGCCUUCAAUCAUGAGGAAUGUUUUUCCACUCGGAGACUGAACAUGACAACAUAUCGUGGAUUCUGUGCAACCAUGGGGUAGAUUGUGCGUAUUUUCUCUUGUUUCCACCGCCUUGUGUGUCCCUGUCGCUCUACCUUUGUGUGUGCGUGGUUUUAGCGCGUGUCAGAAUGAAUCAGUGCGCCUCGGAGUGUGAGCGCCCGCGUGUGCCAUUAUGUGCGUCCCUUAUGUCCAUUAUGUCCAUUAACUACCCUUCCCUCCUUUCGAAGGAUCAAGUGUCCUUGUCAUUCACCCGAAGAUGAAUUCUCUCUGUCACCCAGCCGCUCAGAUCAUCUCUUGUAUAAUGAAAUGUGUAGAUAAUAUCAAAACUGGAGGAGCAGUCUGACCACAGGGGCGACACAGACAGGACACCGACGGCCAAUGAGCGGCGAGCCCCGUUAUCUACAAAAGACCGGGAACCUGGUGCCAGUAUGACCGGCGUCAGAGCGCCGAGGGCGGCUGUUGAGAGGAGAGGGAGGGCCUCGGGGUGCGAGAAACGUUUCAAGGACGAGGAAGGAGGAAUGGGAGAGAAACAUCUGUAAGGACAAAAGAGACUGCUCAGAAAAAAGGGAAAGAAAAUCUGCUGUCGUCACUCAGGCAGGGUGAAGGAUUUCAUGUCUGGAUGGAGCGUUUUCCAAGGGCACUGAGGUAAGCAUGGCCACAUUCAUGGAGAGAGGGCGGAGGUGGGAGUUGCCAGCUCCAUCAGAAUGACUUCAGACAGAGACCACUUUGCUGAAGCUCCUUCAGUUUCACAUUGAGAUUAACUCUGACUCACUCACUUAUGUAAAUAAACAGGUUUAGACCAUAAAGAGUAGUUUUCCUGAGAGGGGAGUUACAGGUUUUCUUCUCCCUCCCUCCCCUCCUUCUCCCUCACUCUGAGCUGGGAUGGAUGGAGUUGCUGGAGGUGUGGGUGCCCCAAGUAGUGCGGGGGGGUCUGGGGGUGACAGCCUACCCAGACGAGGGGACUCAAAGCGACGCAGUAAAGGCAGCCUCCCUUCUCCAGGUUACAGGCUGUCCCAGGCCUCUCUGGAAGGGGAGAGGGGCUCCUUUGGGGCAGACAGUGCCUCCUUGGGUGGGCGUGGACGUCGUCUCUCUAUCAUGAGCUCCUCCACCAGAGAUGGCCUACCUUUCCGCACAGCAGGCACCCCAACCACCCCGGGGCCCCUGCCACCUCCACCCGGCUCCGCCUCCUCUGCCCAUCCUACCCCUCCUCGCUCAGUGGGUUUUGCCACCUCCCGUGCUGCCCUUGCCUCCACCUCCUCCACCGGGACUGGUGUGAUGGUGGUGGCCACCGGCCCUGAGACUACCACCACUACGGCAUGUAACACCACAGCAGCAGGGACCCCAGAGUUGAUGGGUCAGUCUGCACUGGGUGGAUUUGGCAUGGGGUUGGACGGGGAGGACUACAGCGCUUCCAACCAAAGCACCUUCAUUCAGAGACAGUUUGGAGCCAUGCUGCAGCCGGGAGUCAACAAGUUCAGCCUGCGAAUGUUUGGCUCCCACAAAGCUGUGGCCUUAGAGCAGGAGAGAUUGAAAUCAGCCGGGGCGUGGAUCAUACACCCCUACAGUGACUUCAGGUACAAUGUCACACACACGCACACACACAACUUCCAUUGCAUUCAGCCCACCACACAGGCCACUUGUCGCGUAAAUAAGACACAUAAUGUUCUUUCAUUUAGAGUAGAGCUUAUAUAAGUGAGUGUACUUGAAGCAUGAUGAUAAACACUUAAGUUGAGAGUGGAAGAAGAUUAAAAAAGAAAGAGCCUGACUGGCAACAGGGUGAGACAUGCAGCAGGGAAAAUAUAUAUUGCUGGGGGACCUAACAGAGGUUUAGUGAUGUGAGAGGUAUCAGGACAUCGAAGAUCCGAUGGGAGACUGAGUCUCUGGAGGAAACAGAAGCAGAGGGUGUGUGACAGGCUAAAAGGCACAUUGAAAAAAAAAAGGGAGUGGAUGAGAAGUCCUCGGGGCACGAUCAAGGCUGAGGGAGCAGUCUGGGAGACAAUGCUUCAUAAAACAAGACUAACCAACAGUACCAGAUGUCCAUUUAUCAAAUACUGUAAGCAAGAGGAUUGAUAUCUCCUAAUUAUAGCCUUUUGUUUUGAGAGAAGAUAGUUGUACAGUCAGGGGUGAGGAUAUGCAAAUAGAGAGGACAGAUAUAGCUGCGAGGUGUUUGGCUAAUGAGGGAGCUGCAGGAUAUGCCAUCCAUGUCAAUUAGGGAAAAUGUUAAGUUUGCUUUCAUUCAAUCAAUCAGAUGAUGAGCCCACCACAGCCCCCUCUGCUGGUCACGCUACGACAACAUUUGUCCUCUAGAAUUAAUCCAAGAAAAAUUAAUGACGCCUGAGGGGAUAAAAAGAGUGAGAUGUUUUAUGUUAGAGAUCUUUUAUAAGUUAUAAUUAAGGAAAAACAACAAGACAGUCAUUUCUCUUAGCUCCAUUGGGUACCUUUCUUAAAUCAGUGGUGAUUACUGAAGGCCAACUUUAUUAAUAAUUCUUAAGUACCAAAGGGCAAUUUGCACACAUCUACAUGUACUUACAUGUAUCCUGGUCUUUACUGCCUGAAUUGUGAAGUGCAAAUGGGAACACUUGUAUUUAAAUGUAUUUAUUUGAUAAAAUGAAUAAACUCUGAGGUGGACAGCUGAGGGAGGGACAGAUCCAUAAUCUCCAGACAGACUGCAGCAACAAUAGAUGACUUGAUCCCCAAGGCUCCUGGCCCACUUAUAUCUCAUAAGAGACACGCGCACACACACACACACACACCGAGAGGACCGAGUUUUGUUUCGUCUGUCAAUUUGAUGAUCACUCACAAGUGCUGCUUAUGAGUCUGCUCACAGGAGGUGCACUGAAUGAGGUCAGUGAAGGAUGGAGGGGAGGUGGAUGAAGGAGUGCAUGGAUGGAUAGAAACCUUGAGGAAUCUCAGUCCGUCCACCACUUAUUGAUAUUCAAGACAGCUAAAGAUGUUAUUAGUCCUAAUUAUCCAGCCAGAGAAUCACAAUUGAAUUUUCAUUAAUAAUGUACAGCAUGCCUAAAUUAUGCAGGUUGAGUAUGCAUUAUGCAUAAUUCAGUCAUCUAACUUUUCAGUUAAGCACCUGUACUUUGGAGCAGUGACUGAUGAGGAGGAGGAACCUUGUGAGGCCAGGAGGAAGGAGGAGCUCCCUUCACGUGUUUUUAUACCAUUAUUAACUUUAAGCACAAGCAUGGCCAUUUUGUAUAUGUACAACAAACAAAACAACAGAAAAAUCAAAUUAUUUAGUUUGUUUGUCCUCAGAUGAGAAGGUGGGGCUGGAAAAGAGCAAGAGUUUAGCAAACCCUGACUUAUUUGCUACUCCUACGACUUGUCUGGAUCAUAAACUGCAUAUUUAAUUCAGUAACUAGAUAUGUAAUUUAAUCUUUAGUGUCUUAAAAGUGAACACCAAACACUGAAAAAGGCAUUGUGACAGCAGAAGAUCAUCAUAAAUAUAUGUCUAAAAGGAUGUUCUACCCAUCUCCAGUUUUUAUCUAAACUGGGCCAUAACAAAAUUAAACUAAUGCAGUAUGAAAAAACAUUCAAAAGUAGCUACUGACAGAAUAAACACAAGUAAAAUGUCCCCUGAACUGCAAGUCAAGUCAGAAUUGCAGCAUUGUUGUAACAAACCACUAUAUGAGAGGAUAUUUUUGGUCACCAUGGAGUUGCAGUCUGCUGUAUAAUAAAACUGACUUUAGCUUAGUCAUCUCACUUCACUUUCAGACCCUGAGGUCGUGUCCACAUCUUGUAGUCAUUCUCUGACCCAUCAUCCGUGGUCACAGUAACCUUAAACAGCCUCAAAUGUUGUGUUUUCUAUCCUAGUUAUUACUAGAAAUGCAGUUAUUCCCUUUGAAGGAACGUAGUAGAUCAGCAUUUUUUAACACACCAUUACCUACAACAUUACUCAACAACUAAUCCCCCCCCCCCACCCCCCAAGUGCCAGCCUCAUUGCCUUUUACUUUUAUUACCUCAAAUCAAAACGUACCAUUUAAAUCUGCAAUAAUAAGGAUGAGAAGAAUAGUAGUAACACAAUAUAAGUAGAAUGACUGUCAUGUAAAAUUGGGUUUCAAUGCUGCAACCUGAAAGACGUUGUUAUCUUAUCUUAUCAUCAGUGAUUUAAAUUGGUUUAAAUUAAUAUUCAGUGCAGACAGGCAGGUCAACCGUGAAAGUGACUCUUUAGUCCUGAACAUUUACAAGCAACUAAGAGACAUGUUUUCUUUACUUAAUUUGUGGGCUCUGAAAUAUGGCAGUUAUAUUUGGGCAUAUCAUACCUGUGUGUGUGUGUGUGUGUGUGUGUGUGUGUGUGUGUGUGUGUGUGUGUGUGUGUGUGUGUGUGUGUGUGUGUGUGUGUGUGUGUGUGUGUAUGUGCGUGCGUGUGUGUGCAGUAUUGAGUAUGCUUGUGUGGUCUGUGAUUAGGAAAUCUCCUGAUAAGCUCUUAAACCCUCCACUUCAUUAAGACGUGUUGCUGAUGCUGCUUUAGGAAUACAAAAGCAGGGGUUAUUAUAAAAAAAUCAUACGUUGAAGCAGUGAGAGGCAUGCAAAGUGGAGGGGAGGGGUAAAACUAGGCAGAAGAGCGCUCUGGCUGCAGAUGAGUCGUGCACUCACAGGGUUGAUGGCAUAACGCAUAUAGGAACAGAGGUUUAUUAUAUAAUAGCCAGUUGCUUCUAUGCUUGUUUGUCUGCAUGUUUGCCAGGAUGAUGGGAGGAGACUCGCUCAGAACUGACAUCUUGCCAACAGCGAGCAGGAAACCAAUCAGACGCUGGAGACACCCACCCUCAAUUAGGGCAGAAUUAGUGUUUGGUUUGACAACAGCUGAGCAGGUAGAUGCAGGUCAGUUCUCCCGCAGCACCUGUUUGUGUACGAAAUGGAAUACUGAUGAGGCUGUGGAGAACCACUCUGAUUGCAUUUGCAAUUCCUGUGUGUAAGGAGAGCCAAGUGUUGUAUCAGUCUUCAGUUAGGAGACUGAACAUCAGUAUUUGUCAGGUACUUAGCCCAACAUGAUGUAUCUGUGUGCACCUUUAUUAGUUUGGAUCUCACUUCUCUGCCUGCCUGUUUGGUGAUAAAUUGACCUUAAACUGGCUGUCAAAUCUCAGUAACUACAGACAAUUUUUCAUAGUGAAGUGACAAUUUUGCCACUAAAACAUGUACCAAUUUUACAAAGACGUGUUGUUAAUAUCAGCCUUAAAUAAAGUUCUUAUUAUUAUUUUUUUUAAUAAGGCUGGUUCAGGCCUGGUUUUGACUACCUUGGGUACUGGCACAUUGAGCACCUUUCCUUCCCUUCCCCAUCCUCUUUCUUCUGUGUCAUUAACUUUGAACCAGCAUGUCUGUGCUCCUUCAUACCAUAGGUUCAUCUAGAAUCACUGCUGCAGACGGUUUGCUGCUGUGAACCAGUCUGUGCAUUAAGUCCAUUCAUCUCACCUCUGCCCGUCUCUCUCUCUCUGCAUCUCCCUCUAUCCCCUCUCUAAACCCAAUGCAGAAGCGGCAGGCGACUUUCUUACAUGAGUCUGGUUCUGCUCAAGGUUUCUGCCUGAUGCAAAAUGUACAAGAUUGAAGAUGGGAUGGGAGUGGGUCUGAUCUUAUAAGAUGGGACUCAAUCUUUUCCCAGCUUUACACUGGGUCUCUGUAAGCAGAGUAUGGUCGAGACUAGCCUCUUUGUUAAGAGCCUUUGGAUAACACUUGAAUUGGUGCAAAACAAAUAAAGAUUGAUUGAUUGGUAGCAAAGUUUGAGAAGAUUGGACAGUCCUCUAGAAAGUUAAGGGGUGCAAUUUAUUUCAGAUAACUAAUUAAAUAAGUGGCUCUAAACUAUACUUAUACCAACAGUUCUGUUUAAUGUCCAGUUUAAGAGAAAUGUUUGUAUUUCUUUAGAAGAUAAUUUUAGGUGAUCAAAAGAGUAACAUACUGUAACUGCUUAAUCAAGAAAUAAAGUAUGUUAUCAUUUCAACUUUCGUACAAAAUACUAUAGCCAAUAUCAAAAUUAUUUACAAAUCUGAAAGAUAUUUUGCGGUUUAACGUGCUGUGUCUGGUCCUGCUAAAACAUCAAGUGUAAGAUAUUGUAUUUUAGAUAUUUUAUGUAAUUUACUGACAGAGAGUAAUACAAUUAAAUAAAAUAAAUUCAUGUAGGGUGAUGAAUUAUACAGAGUUGUUUCUCAUAGAGCAAGUCCACUAAGUAUGUCCUAAAGGUCAGCAGUAAAACAUGCCGCCUUAUUUCUACAUCUACAGAUCCUCGAAGUCCAUGCUGUUGCAUAUGAUACCUGUAUUUAUUACCAAUGAUUAUGAGGUGAUACAUUUUCCAGUACGGGUGACAGUCAGGCUAAAGUGUGUAUGUGUGUGUGUGUGUGUGUGUGUGUGUGUGUGUGUGUGUGUGUGUGUGUGUGUGUGUGUGUGUGUGUGUGUGUGUGUGUGUAGCAGUGAUGACUCAUACUUAAUCUUCAUCGGUCUAGCAGUAGCGUCACACCAUGAGGUUGUGCUACUAAAUUAGAGCUCAAUAGCGAUCGACCACAGAGCCAGAGUGUACUUUCACAGAGUGAGAGUGUGAGGAGAGAAAGAGAGAGGAUGCAGGAAGAGCAGAGUCAUCAAUACAGGGUUGAGGUGAUGGAUAAAGAUUAGGAGGAUUUCGAGGAAUGAGACAGAAAGAUGACAGGAGUCGUCUUGAGAUGAUUUGAUUGACUCUCCUGUCAAACAUGAAUCACACACAGCAUCCUAAUGACUGUGGCUACGUCAUCCAAUAAUACCUUCCAGCAUGAAACAUAUCCAAGGUUAUUCUUAUUCGCCUCCUUUUUGGUCUGUCUCCUCUCAAUUCAAUUUUGUUCAAGAGUGCUCUGCUUUUUUGGAAUAAAACGGAGCAUUGCCAGAGCAUUUGAAAAAGAUAAUAACGUCUGAAGGGCAGCAUUCAUAUAUACCAGUACUACACUCAGACAAGCUGCAGAGGAAAUUUUGCUCCUUGAAGAGCCCUGGAUGAUCCCCAAGUCAUUAAAUUCCAAGUCUGGCACAGGGGAAUGGAACAAAGAGGAGACUAUAUAUAGGAAAAAUUUAACAUUGUAUUUUUUUUUUCUCAGGAAAUGAGAUAUAAAAGGAUUAACUGAAAUAAAUGAGGGGGCUAUUUGCAAUAAUAAGUAUGACUUUCAGGUCUUAGAAGAGUUUAAACGUUUGAAUUUACCAUAAUGACCUUUUGAAGGGGCGCUCCAUUAACUUUAAAAAAAAAAAGGGUCUGUGUAAAGUAGAGGAAAGAUGUGUGGUCUCAGAUUUCCACACCACAUAAAACUUAUCAAUGCUCCAGAUAAAUUCAAAUGAUUAAAAAACAUUAAAAAAAUAAACAGUUACCUCUUCUCCGGGACGUGGGGGCGUGUCAAUUUAGUGCACAAAGCACCCACCUACUGCUCUCAAUUGUCAAUCAUCUCUACGGUCUGGUCUCAGAUGGACCAGUCAAUCUCAGUCCGAUUCCACAAAAUCCUGUCCAACAGAUUUACUCACGAAGCACGACAGUGGCUGAUCCUUUUUUUACCCGGAGUAGAAUUCAGAGUCCAUUUGUCUUAAACGUGACUGUGCUAAAGGGCAGCAGAGUGGAACAGCAUGUAGAACACAUGCUAUGAGGAUGAUUUCCAUACUAUAGCAGCGAUAAAAAAAGACCUGAACGUAUGAGAGUUGAAGGGCCAGUUGGCAGCGCAGCAGUUUGUUGUCACCCUGAAGGGCAUCUCAUCAUGUCAGCCACAUGCUGGACAAACAAGAGGUCUUUGGAGAGUGGCCAGACUGUGAAAUAUGAGUUUGUAGAGUGCUUGUUUUCCACUAUCCCAGAGACAUACAUUUGUUUUCACUUACCGAACUGCCCGGCCAAUAUUUGGCUAGUUCGGAAACAGCUUUACCUCCCUGUGCAGAUUACUGUGUGUUUUUGAAAUACUGAAUUCAGACUCAUUUUGCCCCAGAUCCCAGGAUAGGGGGUUGCAUUGAAGUGCUGUAUGUACAUUCAUGUCUGAGUGUGUGUCUGGAGCUCCCUCGGUGUGUUAUCAAGCCAUGCCUCUCAUGCUCCUGCAACAAUGUCAGGUGAUGUGCAGUGACUCUCUGGGACACCAAUAUUACACCUUUUCAGGGUGCAGUGUGUGAGUACAAAGGCGUAAUGAUGGCUCAACUCUCCUCCAGCGCUGUGGCAGAAUUACAGUAGGGGGCUACAAAUACGCUAUUGUUAGUGUUAGUCUUAAAAAACAAACAGGAUUAUGUUGUCAAGGUUGUCUCAGGUUGGACUAGAUAGGUACUUUGAAAGAGGAACAUCAUUUUCUGACCUUGUCUCACUCCAGAUGCCAUAAUUCAAACACCCUGGCCUCCGCUGCUCUAAUAUAGACCUUGGAUUUAUGUCUCACAACUUUACGGAGCAUGAUGAUAAUUCUUAGGAGACGAAAUCACCUUUAAAUUUCUUGGUUGUAAUAAAAAAAAGCACAGUCACCAUGAGUCCAGUUGUUUUUCUAAGCAAAAAUCAAAAUUUUGCUUGAUCCUCGACAGGUUUUGAAAAACACUCCUUGUUAAAGUAGGAAAGCCCACAAACAACGACCAUGCCUGUCUUUCUCUGUCUAGAUUCUACUGGGACCUGUUGAUGUUAAUGUUGAUGAUGGGGAACUUGAUCAUCCUUCCAGUGGGAAUCACUUUCUUUAGAGACGAGAACACGCCUUCAUGGAUCAUCUUCAAUGUGGUCUCUGACACGCUCUUCAUGGUAGACCUGGUUCUAAACUUCAGGACCGGCAUCAUAAAGGAGGACAGCACCGAGAUACUGCUGGACCCGAGGUGAGGCGAGAUGUCUCUGCGUGUUUCAGUCUAACAUGGCAUGGGUGGAACAUUGGUUAUAUGUCAGUAGUAUUUAUACUGUAGCUUUUGUUGACAUGAAUUUCAAGUUGCUCCUCUGGCCACCUGCUGGGUUUGUGUUCAGACAGAGAGGUGAUGUGCAGCCACUGGUGGAGCUUUGUCCAUGUCUCGGUUUUGUUCCUGUUGAAUAAUUAUGCAAAUUCUUCCAUGCCAGCCAAAUGUUGGAACAUUCCCACAAAGCUUGCUCUCCAAAUUACCAAUGUCACUGGACCCCCAUUCUUCCCUCACUCAGGGCAAUCCGCCAGAACUACCUGAAAAGCUGGUUCCUUGUUGACUUUGUGUCAUCCAUCCCAGUGGACUACAUCUUUCUCAUGGUGGACAGUCUUGAUUCUGAGGUCUACAGGACUGCCAGGGCACUGCGUAUCGUCCGCUUUACCAAAAUCUUGAGUCUUCUUCGACUACUCCGCCUGUCUAGACUCAUCAGAUAUAUCCACCAAUGGGAAGAGGUGAGAAAUCGACUAGAAAACAGAGACAUUGGAAAGAGAAAUUAAAGUUGACUUGAUAUUGAAGUUAUGACUGAACAGAGGAUUUUUUUUUUCUACAAAUAACGUUUCCUUCAUCAUUCCCCUUCUUAGAUCUUUCACAUGACCUAUGACCUCGCAAGUGCCAUGGUGAGGAUAGUUAACCUAAUUGGUAUGAUGCUGCUGCUGUGCCACUGGGAUGGCUGCCUCCAAUUCUUGGUGCCCAUGCUGCAAGACUUUCCACCUGACUGCUGGGUCUCCAAGAACCUCAUGGUGGUAAGUCUCAAACUAAUAAUGGGCAUUUUUGCAGAUACUGUUUUUACACUUUUACAGUUUUUUGUUCCUCCAUUUUUUCAUCUGUUGGUCCAAUUUAUUUCCAGUGAAUUCAAACAGACUCAGAUAUGAGGUUUUCUUGAUUGGUUGGUCCAAAGUCCAGAGUCAAGCUUAAAAGAUCGCUCGCUUUACUGUCCCCUUCUGCUUGAAUAAAUAUCUCUCAGAAAACUAGUCCAUCAAACAAUCACAUUCUCUGGUCCAAUCUUAUUCUGUUGGAAACUUGGGACUAGAUUUCCACUGUAAUCGCGGAGAACAAAAAGUACACAAUGUUCAGUUUUGGUUGAAUGAGAUGCACACAGCACAAUCUCAGUUGGUUUGAACGGGGUUCACAAUAUUUACUUCAGAGGAAUACAAAGCAGCGAUUCAGCUGGGCUUGGCAUUUGGUAAUCUGUGUGUGUUCAGACUGUUUAUCAGAUCCGACAUUGUUUGCUGCCUGUCGGUGUUAAUUGGCUCAUGCAGCAACAUGUCCAGUUGGAAUUAAACUCACUUAUCAUCAUCUUCAUCAUCAUCAUCAUCACAGAAACAUAAAAAGAUUUUCCAUUAAGACCUCAACAGAGAUCAGGUGGAGGUGUGAACGUACGCAAACAGAUGAAGGCCUGGGGACCUACUGGAGAUUUGUCACGUGUGUGCAGCCACAAAGACUUGGACACAGAUGAAUGCACACAGAUACACAGUUGUAUGAAUAGCUGAGUCAUGUCUCUCAGCAGUUGUCUGGGCGACUGUUGCUAAGCAGCCUGAUGCUGGGAUCUUCCCCAGAGAAAGUCCUCUCAUCUGUUGGACCAUUAACAUCUUAGUAUAAUUGCACUCACACGCAACGCAACCUAUAUCAGGAACACACACACACUCUUGUUCCUCUAUUUAUAGUCUUUUAUUUUAUUUUUUAAAUAAUGCAUAAUGACUACCCUUCACUUCCUGUGUGGUUUUUCACUCUCUGCUCUGACUUGCAGCAGGGGUUUGACAGUUAAAUUGCUCUAUUGCUACAUGUUAUGAUCUCAGCUGUAAUUUUUCUGAGGUGGUGUGGUGUAGCACCUCUGGAGGGAAACAGCUCCUUUUAACCCUAACUAAAAUAAGACCAGUUCAAUUUAACAGCACUUUUUAAUUAACACUUGAAACUUGUUUUACUUGUCGUGUCACCCUCUCUCUCUCUCUCUCUCUGCCUCCCACACACAGAAUGACACAUGGGGCGUGCAGUACUCCUAUGCUCUGUUCAAAGCCAUGAGCCACAUGUUGUGUAUCGGCUACGGGGCCCAGGCUCCAGAAGGGAUGACUGAUGUUUGGCUGACCAUGCUCAGUAUGAUCGUAGGUGCCACCUGCUACGCCAUGUUCAUUGGCCACGCCACUGCUCUCAUCCAGUCACUAGACUCCUCGCGAAGACAGUACCAGGAGAAGGUGAAACAUGAUGUUCCUCCACCUGAUCGAUCUCUCCUUCAGCUUCUUAAUCUUGGUGUUGCUGUUUUGUGUCAAGGGCUUUGACUAACGGUGACAUUUAUUCUGGAUACAGUGGGUAUUAACUUGAUUUUUCACUCUAUAAAAAGGUUCAGAUAAAACCACAAUCUCUCAAAACCCAGAAUCAAAAAGAUGUUCAAAACUUGAGCCAAUUUAAUUUUCCCCAAUCUCUCUUUUUCUUUUAAAAAUUAAACGAAUAAAAUCUUUGUAAACAAAUUGUAAAAAUACAGUAAUUGUUAAAAUAUAAAAUAUUGAAGACAAUCACUAAAUUCUGUCAAGAAAACAAUUCAAAAAUCUCUUCAAUAUUUAGUGCUAAUUAUACAACCAGUUUUAAAUAAGUUGCAAAUUUCAGAUACAGCUUGUCAAUUUUCACAAAAGAUCACAUGAAAAAGUACAGUACACUAAAAAGAUGGAGCCAGUUGACGUAUUUUGUCAAAAUUUUUCUUUAAAAGUUUGCAGAUGACUGACUAAUAUGUGUGUGUCUUUAUGUGUUAUUACAGUACAAGCAGGUGGAGCAGUAUAUGUCGUUCCAUAAACUUCCUGCAGAUGUUCGACAAAAGAUCCACGAGUACUACGAGCAUCGCUUCCAGGGUAAAAUGUUUGAUGAGGAGAACAUCCUGGGAGAGCUUAGUGAGCCACUGAAAGAGGUGAGACACUCACACAAAAUCAAUCUACACGAGUACAUGUACAAACAAUCAAUAUUCAGGGUAGCGAUGGGUUGGCACUGUCCAGUCUUUCUUAGACCCAUUUCCUCUGGAUGGCCUUCAAUUGAAGUUGAUCCAGUCUCUUAUCUUUUGUUCAUUUGAAAUUGUCUGGCAGGUUGUUUUUUUAAGUUUUGUUUUGUCUUAGAUCUCAAGUUUUCACAUGUUGGAGUUUUUUUCAUUUUUGAUGUCUCCUUGGUUGUAGAGCACCUUGAAUAAAAUCAGUUUUGUUUCAAAUGUGUUUUAUGAAUAUGACUUGACUCCACUCUUUCCAAAGCUUUUAUUUCCUCUUCAUAUGAUUUUCCUCUUUGUCUAGGAGAUUGUCAGCUUUAACUGCCGCAGCUUGGUGGCUAACAUGCCUCUGUUUGCCAACGCUGAUCCCAACUUCGUGACUGCUGUGCUGACCAAGCUGCGCUUUGAAGUGUUUCAACCUGCAGAUUUCAUUAUUCGCGAGGGCACUGUUGGAAGAAAGAUGUACUUCAUCCAACACGGACGAGUUAGUGUGCUGACCCGUGGCAACAAAGAAACCAAGCUGAGUGAUGGCUCGUACUUUGGAGGUGAACAUACUCAGAGACAUCAGAAUAGUUUAAGAUUUGAGGAAAGGUGUGCGGGAAGUUCAUAGGAUAGUUCGUGUUUGUGCCUGUGUCUACCUAAGAGUAAGUUAUUUCACAGCCUUUCUCACUUCUUGGUCUAUCCCUUUUUUCCACUUUUCUCCAACUUUCAGAGAUAUGUUUGCUGACUCGAGGACGGAGGACAGCUAGUGUCCGAGCAGAUACAUAUUGCCGCUUGUACUCCCUCAGCGUGGACAGCUUUAACGAGGUGCUGGAGGAACACCCCAUGAUGCGGCGCGCUUUUGAAACUGUUGCAGUUGAUCGUUUGGACCGUAUUGGUAGGAGCAGAUGUCAUCAUCUCUUUCAUGUCUCUUAACAUCUUGUUUGAUGUUGCUAUUUUAUUUUCAGUCUUUACUCUGCAAUGACACAGCCCAAAAUUUCCCAUGAUCCAUCUAUAGAUAUUUUUAGGCACAAGUUAAAGGUCAAACCAAAUCUUUGGCUGCCUGUUUACCAAGAGUAUCCAGCUCUUUUACUCACAGGCCCUUCUUUUCAAGGGACCAUAAGGCCCCUCCUGCCAUUUGUCAUCUGUGUUUCCAUCCAGUCCUUGGGUAAUUUUUUGUCAUCCUCUCUUUGCAUCAACAGGCAGGAAGAACUCUGUGCUUCUGCGGAAGUCCUCCCAGGCUGGCUCUCUGGGGGGCAGUAUGGGUCGUGGUGGAGGUAGGGGUGGAGGGGGUCCAGGAGCUGGAGGAGGCCUUGCAGCAGGCAGUCUUGGUUCAUGUGACAGCAUGCUGGUACAACAGAUUGUCAAACACGACAGCAUGCCCGCCAUGCAAGAUGCCAUCGCAGCUGCUGCUGCUGCUGGAAGAGGUGGAGUCAUUGGAGGAAGUGGCACUGUGUCUCCUAGGCCACGCCCUGUCAUCUGGGCACCGUUGGUUCAUGCCCCACUGCAGACAGCUGCCGCCACCAGUAAUGUAGCCAUUGCCCUUAUGCACCAGCAGCAGCAACAGCAGCAGCAGCUCCAGCAAUUGCAACAGCAGCAUGCACUUGGAGGUGCUUUCUUUCUCCCCUCCCCUCUUAUCUCUCCCUCUCCUUCCUCCUCUUUCCCCCUGUCUCCUCCUCGCGCUCCUGUGUUGCAGCCACUACGCCCCUCUGUGAGCUCUCUAAUCGGGAUGAUGGCAAUUGGAGGGAUGGGUGGGAUGGGUUGUUUGUCACCAAGAGGGUUUCCUGUCUCUCCCUCAGCCAUGGGGCCACCUGGUGUGGUCACAUCACCCCCUGUUGCUAAAACUCCUACCACACCAGCCUCCUCAGCUCCAACUACAGUCCAACAGGGAAGGACUCUCCAUUACAAUCUUCGCCUCCAGGCCGAUGGUUCUUCAGUGAUUGCUGGAUCACUUGGAACUCCAACAAGUGGAGGGCCACUAAAUCCGCCUAUCCACAAGGUACCAUCGACAAACCCUCCUGCUGCCCCUGGUGUCCCCUCAGAUGGUAACACCUCUGUGGCAAGUCAGCAGGGAGCAAAAGAAGCUUUGUUACGUCAUGGAGGAACCCCCUCUCAGGGUCUGCCAGCACUGGGUAGACUCACCCAGGAAGCCAGGCUGUUGUCGGCCUCACAGCCCACUCUGCCUCAUCGCUCCUGGGCUGGAGUACAGCCUCACCCACCCCUGCACCGCAAGGCCUCUGGUGGGAAUUUGCUGGCAGCUCCUUUUCUGGCGGGGCAGUUAGCUAGGGGGAGCAGUGCAGGGAUGCUGACAUCUAAUGUUCCACUUCAGCUAGUGACAAAUAUGCCAUUUAAUGCACAAACACCACCACAGGCUGCAGUGUCGGUCCCACCCACUAUAGCACAGGCUAUCUCUUCAAACACUGCCACAUUCACACAAUGUUCCCCUUAUACUGCCUCUGUGCCCAUACCUUCAGCUGCACACCUGCCCCCUGCUGUUUCUUUGCCAUCCUCCUCCCCUCCAAAGCAGACCUUAUUAUCCUCUGCCACCUCCUCCCCGGUGCCCACCCCCUCGUCUCUGACAUCUAUUCUCACCCAAACACCUCGCCCUAAACCAACCCCAAUGACCCCAUCAGGCUCCUCCUCUCCUCCUAUCUGCUCUGCACCGCUUUCAACAGGAACAAACACACUGCUGCUGUCAUCAACUCCACGUCCCAAACCUAUUCCCCCAUCUUCUUCUCGCUCAUCCUCUCCCUCUCCCUCCUCCACACCACCUCCAACCUCUGUUUCUAGCCCUGUUCCACUACCUCAGACUUUUGGGUCCAAGUCAUCUCUUGCCUCCUCUUCUCCACCGUCCUCCUUGACCACUUCUUCUCCACCACAUCCCCAGAGCCUCCGAGCCAAAGCAUCUAACACACCUCCUUCUGCUUCUCCAUUAUCUGGCUCCAGUCCUGCCCAGACCCCAAUACCUUCUCCUAUACCAACUCCAAAUCCCCGCAGCCGUACUUCUACCCCUGCCCAAACUCCUACCCAAACCCCCACACCUGUUACUCCCACAAAAACAAUCACCCCUACACCUGCCCCCUCUCCCAUUCCUGUUACACCUGUCCCUUCCAUGAGUAAAUCCCAGAGUCCAACUACUUGCCUCCAACCCUCUACUUCUGGAGGACAUACACUGAGCCAGAUCCCAAAACAGGCCUUGCCCCCUACCCCAGCCCAAAGUGCAUCUCCUACCCCAACACAAGCUAGCGCCAAAAUUACUUUCUCGGUUCAUCCUGUAAAACAAACUCUUGUUGUUGUUACUGCAAGCCCCUCUUCAGGAUCAUGCCAUUCCACCCAGCCUACCACAGCAAUAACCUCAACCACCCUAAGCCCAAACACAAGCUCAUCCUAUCCGUCAUCUAUUGGCUCUACCCCCUCCGCCGUCCCCACCUCUACGAGUAUCAAAUCUGCCUCUGCCAACCCCCCAAAACAAGUCCCAGCUACAACAGUUGCCCCUAUCAACUCAUCAAAACUCAAAUCGCCUUCUACAUCUGCCCAGAUCUCUCAGGCAUCCACCCCUACACCCACCCAGUCAGCACAUCCAGCCACCCCUUCUAGUAACACAUCCCCUAAAGGAGGGGAAAAGGACCCACAGCUGCCACUCACCAGAAAAGACUCAGAGGGACUAAGACACAAACUUCCUGCCAACAUGUAAAGUCUAUGAACAAACUUCAUAGAUUGUUGAUGAGCCAUGGAGAUACAAAGUUUCACCAGACUUGGCCCCAGACAUGAAAUAAUCUCAUUUGGACAGGUGCAUUUUUGUUGCAUUCACUCUAGGAUGUGAUAGUUGUAGAAAAUCAGGUGUUCAUGUGACUCUUGACGAAGCCAUCAAUAAGAAGAAAGGCUGUAGGAACUGGUGUAGAGUCUAGAAUGCAUCAAAAUGUAUACAUACACAUUUGUAUAAGUGAUUGUUGGAGCAAGUAGGGGAGCUGAAGUGGAAACAACAUGCAGAGAAAUGGAACAGAAGCAAUAGCUUUGGAGAGUCAGUAAAAUACAAACGGAAAGCCUCCAUUUUCUGGACAAAAAGCAAUACAUGCGAGACAAUUGAAACUCUCAUAAUGUGACAUAAAAUGACCCUUACAGGGAGGAUAAAUAUGGGACAAUAAUAAUCUUGCUGUUGGGAGGAAUCUAUUGUGAUAGUGGUUUGAAGCCUACACAACUGACCAUAUUCAAAUGGCAGCCAGUACAGUACAGCAAACGAUCCCUGGUUUCCAGCUCCAACUCCCUCUUGCCUCCUAUUCUGCACCAAAGUGUAAUAUUAACUCAUCAGAAUAAUGAUUAUAUAAGUAGUCUAAACAUCAUUGUAAAUUCAAUACUCAUAUGAAUUUGAAUAAUUAGGACCAGUCCACUGGUAGUUUUGUUGUCCCAGAUGUGUGGUGUUUAGUUUUUCAACAACAAAACUUUAAAAUUUAUGUGCUCACUCUGACGACUUCUGUAAAUUGUGUUUUUUGUGCAACACACACAUACUGCCCUGCUGUCCACUGUGGUUUACUUGAUUUUGUCCCUCUCAUCUCCCUGUACUGUAUUUAUGUGCCUCUUUGUAGGUUUGUUGUAUGCUUUUUCACCCUCAGCCUCUCUGUCUUUCAUCUCUUCUCUGUCUCACUGCCUUUCAUCUGAUUUCACAGCUCUGGUGGCUAACUGUUUCUUUGACGCUCACAGCCUCUCUCCCUUUCUCUCGGUUUUCCCGACACUUUGCUCUUUGCUGCUAUCAGCCUCAUGUUCAUUUUGCUCCUUCUUCUGUUGCUCUCCGAUACUGUUUCAGUGCCAUUUCCAGUGAUGUUAGAUGUUUUGUGUGGGUAGCAACAAGGCAUUUUUGUCUUAACCCCUAAUACCAUGUUGCCUAGAUGAUAUAUAUUAAAGGACCAAAUGUUUUAUUUUUUAUUUAUCACAGCUAUAGCUUUUGAACCGGGAAAAAAAAAAGCUAACAAUGCUGAAAGUCUCACCAGACACAGCGAUGAUGUUGAGUUUGAUGUUCAGUGACCAUGACUAUGAUGGUGAUGACCAUGCCUAUGAUGGUGGCCAUGGCGGUGUUGAUACGAUGAUGAUGAUGAUGGUGGUGGUGGUGGUGUUUGUGGAUGUAAAAAUAAAGCAGGAUUAGAUUUCAUCUUGUGGAGUAUAUUUAAGCGUGAGCUCAUUACAUACAAUACAUACUGUAUACUUAAAAUGCAUCAACAUUUUAUACAAGUAGGAUGUUAAGGAGAACAGUUACUAAGUAAAAAAACGUGAUAUUUUUAUUCAGCUAAAAUGUAAGUUUGCGUUGAUGACUUGGACAUUUUUUUAUUUGCAGAGCAGAUUUAUUUUAGAUGUGGAGGCUUUUGGAGUAGAGCACAAACAGUUGCAAAGAGACCAUUCAACCACUUAACGGUCGAUUAAAACACUUUGUUUGUCUGAUUUUUUUGUAGUCACAGGUGGGCUACAAAAGAGCUACAAGGGCUACAAGGAGAAAAUGUAUGAAAGAAAAAUGCAGGGCAAAAAAAGGUGGUCAAUUAUACAGAAAAAAUAAAAAGGGCAACUUUUUAAAAAUGAUUAAACCUAUGUAAAUUAUACUAUUUUUAUUCACUUUCAUUUUUUUUCCUUUUCUUCUUUACAAUUAUUUUUUUGCAACUGUUUGCAGGUGAGGAAGUUGACAAACUUCUCUUAUCUGACACAAUUUUUUCACACACAUAUUUUUUAACUUACUUAUGUACUAAUGCUUUGCACAUUAUACAGUAGAACAUAAACUCACUGACAAACUCUCUGUUAAUAGGACCGAAACUUCUGUUCACUGAGCUGAUUGCAUCCUUACUAACUUGCAUCAUCCCCUAAAAGCCAAGCUUA